AUGCCGAUGUAUUUUGCUGGAAUAGGACAAUUACAAAGACUCGUUGAUCGCCUUUUUGUUCGAAAAGUUCGAAAAGUUCUCCCACGACACGAUACGUCGGUUGUCGAAACCUUUGCGCGUGCUCCGCCGUCGUCUAUCGAAAUAACGGUUGAUUUGUCGGGAGGCACACGACGUUGUAUUUCGCUGAUAACUGAUUUGUUAAAAGUUUGCCUUCGGGAAUUGAAACAAUCUUCUGUUAGAAGCAAAAAUCAAGAAGAAGAGGAGAGUGAUUCAUUCAACGCUGGUGUUUAUUUCACGACAGAACUCGAGAAGAGAUUACAGUACAAGGGAUCUUUUUUACCGGAUCAUCAACGGCGGCUUUUACAAGGAAUCGAUCGAACAAAGUCGGUUUUAAAAAGACUCGUGCGUCCAACAACUACAGAGGCUCCUAUUAAACCAAUCUGGAAUCCUGAUCAAGUAUCUUCGUUUUUUGACGAUGAAGCGAAUCCCGGAAGUUCUACUCGCAAAGAAGUGAUUGAAAACAUUCAAAAGCAGCAGAAGGAAGCGGCUCGGGUUGCAAAGAAGCGGCCAGUUUUACUU